AUGAGCCCAAAACCCAACACUUUCUUCUUGGCUUCCUCUUUAUAUGUGAAAUCAAAGCCGAAUUCAAGCUUGAUCACAGGGUUUAUUCAAGUGAUAGUAGCUUCUUUCAAGAAGAGAAAUCUAUCGUUUCCAUCAAAUGAAAAGGAUUUGUUGUAUCACCACGAUAUGGAUCCAAUACUAGUGGUUCCUAGCGAAAAAAUAAGGUUUUUGAACAAAUCAUGUAUGAUCGAAGAUCCAAAUGAAGAAGACAUUAGUCCAAACGGAAAUGCUUUAAAUCCAUGGAGACUUUGCACUGUGGAUCAAGUGGAAGCCUUGAAGAAACUAAUCAUGUUAAUCCCUCUUUGGUCCACAGGGAUCCUCCUGUCGGUAAAUAUCAGUCAACCCUCAUUCCCAAUUUUGCAAGCCGGUUCAAUGGACAGAUACAUCACACAAACUUUUCAAAUACCAGCAGCAACCUUCUCCAUAUUCACUAUCAUUUCCUUGGUGGCUUGGAUAUUGGUAUAUGACCGCAUACUCAUUCCAGUCGCAUCUUAUAUUCUAGGAAGGCCUGCACGUUUGAGCCCCAUCACUAGGAUGGGAAUAGGGAUAUUCUUGUCAUUCUUAUCCAUGGUUGUGGGAGCUAAUGUAGAGGGUGUGAGGCGAUCUGUUGCAAUAAGAGAAGGGCUUGUGAAUAAUCCGAAAGGUAUGGUUCCAAUGUCGGUGUUUUGGCUAGUGCCUCAAUACGUGUUGAUGGGUGUGGCGGAGGCACUAAAUAUGGUCGCUCAGACGGAGCUGUAUAUUUGUGAGUUGCCUAAGGGUUUGGCUAGCAUUGCGACUAAUCUCUCCACCAUUUCAAUUGGUUUAGGUGGAAUAUUAGCUAGCUUUAUAAUGACUACCAUUGAUGGGAUUACUAAAGAAGGAGGAAAUGAGAGUUGGGUCUCUAGUAAUAUUAACAAGGGUCACUAUGAUUACUAUCAUUGGGUUCUUGCGGGCCUUAGUUUGGUUAAUGCUUUCUAUUUUAUGGUUUGUAGGAAGCAUUAUUAUGCCUCUUCAAGAAUGAAUUGA